AUGAUUGGAUAUAGUCCUCUAACAAAAAAUAAUUGUCAAUCACAUUUACGAUCAGCUAAAUUAAUUGAUAAUAAUAUUUUUAAAUUAACAAGCUAUGAUGGAUUUUCUAAUUCAAGUUUAUUAUUUGAUUCAACUUGGUUAAAAGGUAAAAUAACCAACAAUGAAUAUCGUCAAGCAAUUGAACAGAUCAAUCAACGUAUUGGUCAAUCAUUAGUUGGUGCAUCAAAUAAUCUUCCAUUAAACCAAAUACCAAUAACUCAAUCUACUAUAUUAGCUAUUGAAGAAUUAAAUUUUUUUUUAUUAAUUUUAAAUAAAACUUUUUUUAUAGUUUUGUUGUUUUUAAAUAAAUUCUCAUCAAUAGAAUUUCUAAUCGGUUAA